AUGCCCGCCAGCAUGUUCAGCAUCGACAACAUCCUGGCCACCCGGCCGCGCUGCAAGGACGCGGUGCUCCCGGUGGCGCCCAGCGCCGCGGCUCCGGUGGUCUUCCCGGCUCUGCAUGGGGACUCGCUUUAUGGCGCGGGCGGUGGCACCUCUUCGGACUACGGCGCCUUCUACCCGCGUCCUGUGGCCCCUGGAGGCGCGGGCCUCCCGGCCGCGGUCGGAGGCUCCCGACUAGGCUACAACAGUUACUUCUACGGGCAGCUGCACGUGCAGGCGGCGCCCGUGGGCCCGGCCUGCUGCGGGGCUGUGCCGCCUCUGGGCGCCCAGCAGUGUUCCUGCGUCCCGACACCCCCAGGCUACGAGGGCCCCGGCUCUGUGCUGGUGUCCCCGGUGCCGCACCAGAUGCUUCCCUACAUGAAUGUGGGCACCCUGUCGCGCACUGAGCUGCAGCUGCUCAACCAACUGCACUGUCGGCGGAAGCGGCGGCACCGCACCAUCUUCACCGAUGAGCAGCUCGAAGCCCUGGAGAACCUCUUCCAGGAGACGAAGUACCCAGACGUGGGCACUCGGGAGCAGCUGGCCCGGAAGGUGCACCUUCGGGAGGAGAAGGUGGAGGUCUGGUUUAAGAACCGCCGAGCCAAAUGGAGACGACAGAAGCGGUCCUCUUCGGAGGAGUCGGAAAACGCCGAGAAGUGGAACAAGGCGUCCUCAAAAGCCUCGCCCGAGAAGAGGGAAGAGGAAGGUAAAAGCGAUUUGGACUCGGACAGCUGA